AUGAAAAAAUUAUCAACCGCUCGAAGUAUUGGCCAACUUAAAAACUCUUACUCUUUAUCCGCCGGCUUUGAAUUUUCCGGGACCAGCGAAACUUUCUUAGAACCCUUGGCCAAAGCCUUAGCCGAACAAAAAAUAGCCACUGGCCUUAUUAUUGGAAAAACUAAUUAUCAGGAAAGAGAGGAAUGCAUUCGUCAAUUUCAAAGUGGUGAAUUAGGUAUUUUACUGUGUAAUAUUCAAAGUGCUGGAGUGGGACUAAAUCUUAGUCAGGCCGAAACCAUUAUUUUUGCUGACCGUAGUUAUUCUCCGGCUGAUAACGAACAAGCCGAAGCCCGUUUCCUACCCAUUACUGAUUCGGAAUCUUCCCGCAUUCGUUUAGUAAUUGACCUUAUUUGUAAAGGAACUAUUGACGAAAAAAUACUCCAAUUACUCAAAAAGAAAGAGGACAUAAUUAAGGGCGUUGCGUGGACAUCUCUGCCACCAGUAAUUCCAAUUGAUUUCAACUAG